AUCUUUGGUGAGAAGCUUUGAAGCAUCCAGCUUACACUCUUGAUCUCCUUUCAUCAUUAUCAGUGCAUUUUAAAAGUUUUAAAGGAAUUUUCUAGAGGAGCGAACUUUUUGAGUAUUCCGAGUGAGUCAAUAAGGACUGCAAGGACUGCAUUUCUCAGUAAACGGAUGGCAAAAUAAAGACCAGCGCUAACUUUAAACGCGCGUCACCAGAUGUCUCUUGCAUCGUGGAUGCCGAUGCAGACCUUCAUUCUUUCUCAGCCAUCACACCAAUCCACUUCCCGAGGUCUGCGUCCGAACGAUCUCUCGCAUAUUUGAAGGACCCCGCUCCCCCCUUUAGAAGGAGGGGGUUGAUCUUCCUCUCUCACGUGACAUGAGGUUCCGGAAUUCAGCACCUUCGAACGCAUGCACGACCGAACGUCUCUCUGAAAACCGCAUGUCAUAGGGGAAAAAUGACGAUGACGGAUUUCUGCAGUCCUCUCUGGCGAAGCGUCGCUUUUCUGUUUCUAGUCUUACAAUGUAUGGUAGCAGCUCGCACAGUCCGAGAUGCUGAAGAUGAUAGUCUGAUUAUCCAUACAACAAAAGGCCGGGUUAGAGGUGUGACAAUUCCCACUGGCCAUGGUAAAGAAGUGGACGCGUUUUUUGGAAUUCCAUAUGCAAUGCCGCCUGUAGGGCAAUAUAGGUUCCGCCAUCCGAAACCAAUCGAUCCCUGGAACGGGGUUUUGAACGCUACGGAAAAGCCCUAUUCUUGCUUUCAGAUCAAUGACACUCAAUUUGGCGACUUCAAGGGCUCAACUUUGUGGAACGCCAAUACGCCUCUGAGUGAAGAUUGUCUCACCGUCUCUGUGUGGGUGCCAAGACCAAAACCUGAGAAUGCAGCGGUGCUAGUGUGGUUUUACGGUGGAGGAUUUUACAGCGGCACAACUACUUUAGAGGUAUACGAUCCGAAAAUCCUUUGCUCGGAAGAACAAAUUGUAAUAGUAUCCGUGAAUUAUAGAGUGGCUUCUCUGGGAUUCCUAUAUUUUGAUCGACCGGAUGUUCCAGGAAAUGCUGGGAUGUUCGAUCAACUCAUGGCGCUAGAGUGGAUACGAGACAAUAUUGCUCAUUUCGGAGGAAAUCCUCAUAAUGUGACACUGUUCGGAGAAAGUGCUGGUGCUGUGAGUGUGGGCCUCCAUCUGCUAUCUCCCCUUAGUCGGCACCUUUUCAGUCAAGCUAUUUUGCAAAGUGGAUCUGCCACUUCUCCAUGGGGAGUUAUGGAUCGAAAAGAGAACAUGAAAAGAGGUUUGUUGCUAGCAGAAGCACUUAAAUGUCCGCAUGACGAGUCGGAUAUGGAUGCUGUCGUGGCAUGUCUGCGAGAAAAAGAUCCUUUCGAGAUGGUCAGUAAUGAGUGGGGGAAUUAUGGAGUGGUGGAGUUCCCUUUCGUACCUGUUGUUGACGGAGCUUUUCUAGACGAAACGCCCCAACAGUCUCUGGCAACUAAGAACUUUAAAAAAUGUAAUGUAAUGGCUGGUAGUAACUCUGAAGAAGGAACAUACUUCAUUGUGUACCAUCUAACAGAUCUAUUCAAGAAUCAAGAAGACGUCUACAUCAAUCGGCAAGAAUUCAUUGAUUCUGUGAAGCAACUUAAUCCUUACGUUGGCGAACUUGGUCAAGAAGCGAUCAUCUUCGAAUAUACAGAUUGGACGAAUCCAGAAGACACCAUUAAAAACAGGGAUGCCAUCGAUAAGCUCGUUGGUGACUACCAGUUCACUUGCAGUGUAAAUGAAAUGGCACAACGUUAUGCAGAGACUGGAAAUGAUGUGUACAUGUACUUUUUCAAUCACCGGUCUAGCAUCCACUUGUGGCCCAAGUGGAUGGGUGUGAUGCAUGCGGACGAAAUCAACUUUAUUCUUGGAGAACCCCUCAACCCGGCCUUCGGUUACACUAAGGCAGAAGAGGAGCUCAGCCGGAGAAUGAUGAGAUAUUGGGCGAAUUUUGCCAAAACAGGGAAUCCCAGCCAGAGACCAGAUGGAGAGUAUGAAUCCAUUUAUUGGCCCGUUCACACGGUUACCAGUCGUGAAUAUCUAACGUUGGCUGUCAAUACCAGCGAAAUUGGACGAGCCCGGAGAGCGAAAGAAUGUGCCUUUUGGCAUGAAUAUCUACCUAAGCUAGUCGCAUAUACUUCUGAGAACAAUCCCAAAUGUACUGGAAUCAGCCAUGGAGCCCUAACUUACACGUCAAGUGGUCUCAUUCAACUUUUCUCGCUAGCAGUUUCGACCAUCACAGUCUUUAGGCCAACAUAAAGUCUUCAGCGGCGCUUGAUUGUAGCAAGAGAGCAUUCUGAAACAUAGUUUGCUUGAGCUGAUCGAUGUUUAUGUUUAUAGGAAAUAAAAAAAAGAAUCGCAUUCAAAUGGUGAAAGAUUCUGUGAUUCACUUGAUGCAAGUUGACACAAAGCCUGUUUACAUGUUUUCUCCUUUAACAUUUACUGCCAUGCUAUGGAAAUAACAAAUGGAAAAGAAUUUAUUUCCUGAAAACCGAGUGAAUCUGAAAAUAAUUUACAUCGUAAUUUGGCUUUGUGUUGACACAAUAUGGCGUGAAAUGUGUCUCUUUCCAAAAAAACAAUGUUAUAGGUGUUUGAACUAUUUUUCGUGAUAAAAUUAUGUUCAGGAGACUGAAUCUUGAACACAAAAACAGGGAAACUUAUGAAAAUAGCUCAUAAUUAUGAGCACAACUCUUCUUCUCUCUUUUUUUGUUGAUUAUGAAAUAUUAACCACGGUGUAUUUUGUCAUCUGUACUAGACAGAACAAGUACGAGAUGAAUUUAGUCAGCAUAGUUAAGAAGUCUGCUAGUUAACCGUGAGUGGAUUUCCAAGAAAUAACAUUCUCUAUUUUAGGGUACUUUUCCAUUCCUGGGCCACCACUUACCAUCAAGCUUGAAGGUUGGCUUCGAUGUUCGUCAUUGAGAUUUGAUAAUGAAAGCUAUCGCUCAUAUUUGACAAAUUUUGAUCUGGGAUUCCUGUAAUAGAAAAGUAUUCUGUUCUUGCAAUGGAAAAGUACCCCCUUUAGUAUAUUUUCUUAAAUUAUUUUUUUCAUCACCUGCGUGAAAUCUUCAAUUUAAAGAAUUCUAAAAUUUAAUGUAUUAAUGUGUACAUAAAGGAAUAUUUGUAGAGAGGAAGAAUGUGUAUUUAAGACUAAGCAAAAUGUGUUCAAAAUAUUUUUUAUGCAAUCAUAAUUUUAUGUUGCUCUGUAUUUUGCCUUUUCGAAAAAAUGUGUUUCUGAGGUGCUUAUUCAUUUAUUUGUCCUAUGUAUUCAUAUGAUGUGAUGGUACUAUUGCCAACUGUUAUUGAUGUUUCAUUUACUUGUUUCUCCAGGAUUUACCUAUAUAGAGUCUUUAUUUUUCUCAUAAUUUCGGUAGCUAUUUUCUUUAAUCAAAAAAUGAGGAUAUGGUUAUAGAAUUAUCUUAAAUUGAAUAGUAGACUAUUAAUAUUUGAUUUUAAUAAUGUCAAAAUUUCUCAGAAUCAUAAAAUGAAAACUUCUUUAUUUUUUUAAUUUUAAGUUGAUUUUGUUUAGUAUUUGUUUGAUAGAUGUCGAAGUAAUUUUCGUAAUUUAAUAAAUGUAUGUAUGAAAUAAUAAGAUUUAUUCAGAACAUAUUUAAUUAAUAUUAAAAAAUAAUUUUUGAAUCAAGUUGAAGAAAAUUUUAAAUAUAGUGAAAAUUUUAAACGAAAUCGUAUUGGUAAAAGAAAACACAUUCACUCUUCUCUCUUAUUAUCCAUUACUUGAUAAAUGUAGUGAAAUCCUUUUAAAAGAUAUUUUUUAAUUAUUUUUUUCAUUUAAGUUUUUAAAUUUUGGCCAAUCAAAGAACGUAAUCGGAUAUUUAAAACAACGGAUCUGUGAAAAUACUAAUAAAGGGAAUUAAAUUCUUUAGCUAGAAAUUUUUAUUUUUAUUUUUAUUAAUUUUAUUUACAGUUCAUUUGUAAGUAUUUUUCAAAGCUUUUGAAUCAAACUUAUACGAUUUAAAAUUUAAAUAUAAUACUGGAAAGAGUACAUUUUUUUUUAUUUUUAAAAUAUCUUUCACAAUAUUUAAUUUUAAGCAAUGCUAAUGAAAAAAAGUUUCAACUUUUCAUUUUGAUUAAAAUUUAUUUCUGAAAUGAAUUGAAACCUAAUUACAAUUUUCAUUUUACAUAUCAUUUCAGUGCUUGUAGCCCAAUUCGUUUACAUAAAUAUUAAAUAAAUAUUAUUAACCAUUUUAAAGUCAACACAUUCACACAAAUGGAAAAAAAAUUAAAGUAGAUCUAAUGGAUAUUUUUGUAUUUCCAUAGACAAAUCACAGUAGAUACUUUACGCUUUGUAUUUUGUAAAUAUUCCCGUUUAAUUUUCUGAAAAUCAUUGUGUACAAAUUAUCUAUACAUAUCUUUAGAGAUCUCUAACUAAAACUCUUGCUAACUACUUUUCCACGUUUGUUAAUCUUUCAACAAAUGUAUGAAAUAUUUACUAAAUGAACUGAAAUGAAAUGCAACAUUUUCAAGGCAUAUAUGCUGAGCCAUCUAGGUUGAUAUGAUGAAUAUGAUAAAAUGAGUUUUAAAAAAUACUCUUCUUCAUUCAUUUCGCACAUUUGAUUCUGAUAUUACAGGCAUUAUACACAAUUGAUUCUAAUAUUACAAGUAUAUUAAAUAAAACAUCAUUUCAUGAUAAAAAAAACUAAUCAUAUAAUUUUAUA